AACCUCGAAGGUGAACCUAAAAUGAACGCGUUCAUUGAAAGCUUUUGCAUACCUUGACGACAACAUGCCAGCCCUGGGAUUAGUGUAGUUUUUGUGUUAUCAUUUAUUCAUUUAUUUUUGUUCAUCUUGUCGUAGGAUAGUCUUUAAGGUGUGUGAAGAUGAACACGGUUUUUGCAGUGACUUUGGUGUUUGUCGGCUGCUGCAGCAAUGUUGUGUUCUUGGAAGUUUUGGUGAGAGAUUUCCGAGGAUGCGGGAACAUUGUGACAUUUGCCCAGUUUGUUUUUAUUGCCUUGGAGGGAUUCAUCUUCGAGACAAAUUUUGGACGCAAGAAACCAGCCAUACCAAUCAGAAACUAUGUGAUAAUGGUGACCAUGUUCUUCACUGUAAGUGUUGUAAACAACUAUGCCCUGAACUUCAACAUUGCAAUGCCACUGCACAUGAUCUUCAGAUCUGGCUCUUUAAUAGCAAACAUGAUACUGGGUAUCAUCAUUUUGAAAAAAAGGUAUUCAUCAAGUAAAUACCUUUCCAUAUUUUUGGUAUCAGUAGGCAUCUUUAUCUGUACCAUCAUGUCUGCCAAACAAGUAAGUGCUGAAAAGGCUGCUACACAAGAGGAAGGCGUGUAUGCGUUCUUGCACUGGCUUUUAGGUAUUGGCAUGCUGACCUUUGCCCUAAUAGUGUCUGCUUUAAUGGGCAUUUUCCAAGAGACGCUGUACAAGCAGUAUGGCAAGCACUCGAAAGAGGCUCUCUUCUAUAAUCAUUGCCUGCCAUUGCCAGGGUUUCUGCUGCUCUCGACUGACAUCUAUAACCACGCUGUACUCUUCAGUCAAACCACUCCUGUGGAACUCCCUGUGAUUGGUCAAAGUGUACCAGUUAUGUGGUUGCAUUUAGCGAUGAAUGUCAUCACCCAAUACGUAUGCAUUCGGGGUGUAUUCAUCCUAACCACAGAGUGCACCUCCCUUACUGUUACACUAGUAGUGACUCUCCGAAAAUUCCUGAGCCUCAUCAUCUCUAUAUUGUACUUCCGGAACCCAUUCACAGCCUGGCACUGGGUUGGCACAGCUGUGGUCUUCAUGGGAACGCUUCUGUACACUGAGGUGUUGUCCAGCAUCCGCAUGGCAGUGAAAGGAGAGAAACCAGGCAAGAAGGCAGAGUAAAAAUGAUGAGCACAACAGAAUACCUCUGUGUGUGUGUGUGUGUGUGUAUAUGUGUGUGUAACCAUGCCUAUGGGCAUUGUGGCAUAGCAGGUUCUAGCACUGCUAUGCAGGUUCUUUCUACUUUUAAAAUAUUCUAAGGCUGUAUUUUAGGGUCAAAAACAAAAAGCUAAUUUCUUUCACAAAUCCACUCCUUUAUCAGUUUUCUUAUGGGAAAUAAGCAGUAAUAAGUCUGUAGAAUAGUAGUACAUUUUCAGACAUUCGGAGUUACAUUAUGUCUGCAACUUAUUUACUAUGUUUUCAACUGAGGUAGGGAAUUUGUGCACAGGAAAAUUACUAUGUGUUUUGGUCUAGUUAGGGGGAUUAAGAUUUAGGGGAUUAGAACAGAAAUGUGUAAUACAGAUUUUAGUCGGCAGAUAUGUACUGUAUAAAUUUGUAAUUAUGUCUCAGGAUUUUAUUGUUUACUUAGUGAGUCUCAAGAUGAGUCUUAAUGUCUCAGAUAAAGUGUUAUCUCACAGCCCUCAUAUGAAACACAUUUCCACCAGACUCUACUGCUAUAAUAAAAUUAACCCAUGUUUAUUAUUCUA